UUUUGCUUACUGAUGAAGGAGUGCUCUCGGCGAUAAGUUGGAUAUUGAUAUACAAGCGGAGCGUGGAUCUACAAAUAUUCAACUAACUAACUAACUAACUUUUCAAUUAGAUUUAAGUUUGUUAAAUCUGAUUUCAGAAAUUGUCUCAAUAAUGGUGAACUUUAACCUGGUGACUGUGCUGCUAAUUGGUGCGUUUCAGGUGGGUGCAGCCAUUCUGCUUGCUACAGAAAAAGAAAGCCAUGCCGAUGUACAUCCUAUCGCUACCUUGAUGCGUUUGCUGCACUCGAAACCGAAGAACCUGACAUUUGAUUUGCCAGUAUGGAAUGGUUUUGUAAUGGAUUAUGCGGCCUCCAAUGAACCGGAUUAUUCGGACUCCAAUGAACCGAAUUCUUCGGACUACGAUGAGUCGUAUUAUUCGGACUACAAACCGGAUUCGGUUUCCAAUGAACAGGAUGCUGCCACAGAUGAAGCGGAUUCGGUUUCCAAUGAACCGGAUUCUGCCACGGAUGAACCGUAUUCUGCCACAGAUAAACCGGAUUCUGCCGCCGAUGAAGCGGCUUCGGUUUCAAAUGAACCGGAUUCUGCCACAGAUUAACCGAAUUCUGCCAUCAAUGAACCGGAUUCGUUCGGAAAUAAUUUAAAGCCACGCAAAAUUUCCGAUUAAAACAAAAUUUCCAGAAAAAGCUGAGUGAAUUCCUUAAUAUUGAAGUUUAAAUACCGAUAGAUAAAAUUCCAUCUAAUCAACUGGAAUGGAUUAUGGUUUUAUUUCGUUUUCCUUGGGCUUUUUUGACCUAUGUACAUUAUUCUUGCUUACUGGUCGUUCGUGUGAGGAUUCG